AUGUGCGGCUCUGCUGACUUUGUAGAAAAGCUCAUCAAGGCAGGUGCUGAGCCCAACGUUGUGGCAACAGAGUAUCUCUUGACGCCCUUUGAGUGGGCCAAAGUAAGCUAUGAGGAGGAGCGUGACAGGCGGCUGAACGACUUCGAUCAGGUCAACCGCUUGGAUGACACCUGCCUGGCUAUCCGACCCGACAUCAAGCCCUUUAAGCAAGUUCUGGAGGUGCUUGGCAAGAAUGGUGGAGUAGAGGCCAAGGCUUUCUCCAACAACCCGAAAAUCAAGCCAGAACCUGGGCUGAGAUCCAAUGGGUCCAUGGAGCGACAGCGUUGUUAUGGUUGA